AUGGUUAACUUCAAUGAGCCGCUCUCCUUCUUGCAGCGCGUUACAGAAGACCUUGAAUACUCCUGCUGUUUGGACAAGGCCUGCCAGUUAGGCAACGCUGAUCCGGUUCUUGAGUUGGCUUGGGUGGCCACUUUCUCAAUCUCCAGCUACGCUUCGACAGCUCAUCGGACCUGCAAACCGUUUAAUCCACUUCUUGGUGAGACUUAUGAAUGUGAUCGGAGCCUUGAUCCCUACGGAUGGCGGAGUUUGGCUGAGCAAGUAAGUCACCACAGCAUCAAUUCUGCUCUACUUUGA